AUGGACGAGAUCGAACCGAUCAAGAUUAACAACGUGUCCCUGCGCCAGAACAACCGGACCGUAGCCACGGGCGUGCUCAAGUUUCAACAUGCCGUCAUGCUCUUCCACGAUGCUGCCUCCGGAACAGAGCAGUGGAUUGAGUACAUGAUCAUUCAGACGGUGGACAUGGUCAAGCUUGGCCCUACUUGGAUCCUCAACAUCUUCUGCAAGAAUUUUCGCAAGAUCGAGUUCCAGAUGACCUCGGAAGACGACUGCCUCCGCGCCCACGACCGCCUUCAAGAAUUGAGCCUCCCUGAGGAUUUGGAGCAAUUGGACGCCUUUCGCCCCCAGCGCAAGAUUGAUUCGGAUGUCGACGGCUGGGCGCUCUACUCGCCCAUGGCCGAAUACGGACGCAUGGGUGUACCCAACCCUCAGUGGCAGCAAGUAGAUUACAACAAUACUUACAACCUCUGCCCGACAUACGGACGGACGCUCUACCUCCCAAGCUCCGUGACAAUGGAGCAAGCCUUUGCCAGUGCCAAGUUUCGCAGCAAGCAGCGCCUGCCAGUCCUCAGCUAUCUCUUUCAGCGCAAUCAAGCGGCCAUCUGCCGCUGUGCGCAACCACUGACCGGCGUGCAAGCCAAGCGCUCCGAAGACGACGAAGCACUUCUCGAGUUUAUUCGACUUUGCAACCCUCACAGCGAAUUGCCCCUCAUCAUCGACCUAAUCACCCCCAACUCCAAUCAACACGUGUGCCUGCUGAUAUACAGCAUGGUCCUUGAUGCACGCUCACCUAGUCUUCAUGGCGCCCCACCCGUACAGAUGAAUGCCAUGGCCAAUAAAGCCGCUGGCAAAGGCUUUGAAAACAUGGAAGGCUACACAAACUGUCGCCUAGAGUUCCACGGCAUUGAAAACAUCCAUACCAUGCGUGGCAGCCUCAACGCGCUUGUCAAAGCCCAAACUUGCUCCCUGGCCGGCCUGAUGCUGGACCCCUACUACCGCACCAUCGAGGGGUACAUUGUUUUGAUUGAAAAGGAAUGGCUGUCCUUUGGCCACAAAUUUCUUGAUCGCAAUGGCUUUCUCAAGGGCAGCGGCCGCGAGGUCUCGCCCAUUUUUCUUCAACUUCUCGAAUGCACCUGGUGCUUGCAACGGCAAUUCCCAUUGGCCUUUGAGUUCAACGAGUCUUUCCUCAUUGCCAUGCACGAUUGCUUACAUUCGUGCAAGUUUGGCACCUUCCUGGGUAAUUGCGAACAGGCUCGCCGUGAUGCCAAAUUGCAUGAACGCACACAGUCCGCUUGGAGCUACCUCUACUCGCGCAAAAGCGAGUUUAUCAACCCAUUUUACGACGCUUCGCAAGAUCCUGAGGGUGGCGUCCUCAACCCAUCACUUGCACCACAGCACUUUGAGCUGUGGUCGGCCAUGUACUGUCGGUGGGAGUCUGCCAGCCUGCCACGCCAACCACUGCUGCGAUCCUUUGAAUAUUACAAAGUCAAGCUGGAUCAUGACAAGCGCCGAUUGGCCGAGGCAAAGGCGCGCCUCAGCCCCGCCGCAGCCAGCACUGAGACCAAUCCGUCCACAGAAGAUCCUAUUCCCAGCCCCUUGGAGGUGGUGGAAGUGGAGGUGGAAGUGGAAGUCGAGGUGGAGGUGGAGGUAGAGGUGGAAGUUGAGGUGGAAGUCGAGGUCGAGGUGGAAGUCGAGGUCGAGGUCGAAGUUGAGGUCGAGGUCGAAGUUGAGGUCGAGGUCGAGGUCGAAGUCGAGGUCGAGGUCGAAGUCGAGGUCGAGGUCGAAGUCGAGGUCGAGGUCGAAGUGGUGGAGCUGGAAGUGGAAGUACUGCUAGAGCUAGAGCUUGAAGUGGAAGUGGAAGUCGAGGUGGAGGUGGAGGUGGAGGUGCUGCUAGAGCUAGAAGUGGAAGUCGAAGUCGAAGUGGAAGUGGAAGUCGAGGUGGAGGUGCUGCUCGAGCUAGAGCUAGAGCUAGAGGUGGACGUCGAGGUGGAGGUGCUGCUCGAGCUAGAGCUAGAGCUAGAGCUGGAAGUCGAGGUGGAGGUGGAGGUGGAGGUUGAGGUGCUGCUGGAGCUAGAGCUAGAGCUAGAGCUGGAAGUGGAAGUGGAAGUGGAAGUGGAAGUGGAAGUGGAAGUGGAAGUGGAAGUGGAAGUGGAAGUGGAAGUGGAGGUGGAAGUGGAAGUGGAAGUGGAAGUGGAAGUGGAAGUGGAAGUGGAAGUGGAAGUGGAAGUGGAAGUGGAAGUGGAAGUGGAAGUGGAGGUGGAGGUGCUGCUGGAGCUAGAGCUAGAGCUAGAGCUGGAAGUGGAAGUGGAAGUGGAAGUGGAAGUGGAAGUGGAAGUGGAAGUGGAAGUGGAAGUGGAAGUGGAAGUCGAGGUGGAGGUGCUGCUAGAGCUAGAGCUGGAGCUGGAAGUGGAAGUGGAAGUGGAGCUGGAAGUGGAAGUACUGCUAGAGCUAGAGCUUGAAGUGGAAGUGGAAGUCGAGGUGGAGGUGGAGGUGGAGGUGCUGCUAGAGCUAGAAGUGGAAGUCGAAGUCGAAGUGGAAGUGGAAGUCGAGGUGGAGGUGCUGCUCGAGCUAGAGCUAGAGCUAGAGGUGGACGUCGAGGUGGAGGUGCUGCUCGAGCUAGAGCUAGAGCUAGAGCUGGAAGUGGAAGUGGAAGUGGAAGUGGAGGUGGAGGUGGAAGUGGAGGUCGAGGUCGACGAGGAGGAUGAGGUGGAGGUGGAUGAGGAAGUGACGGGCAGGGGCAGCUGGUUUGCCUUGAGACGAAUGGAACAGUCUCGUAGCUCCAAAAGGUCAGCAUCAGCCUUUUUCAAGCACUUUUUCAACUUUUUGGCAUCCUAUGAGCAGGAGUAG